UUGAUAGGGGGAUAGUUUGGAUUUGGAACUUGUUUUGGGUGCAUUUGAUCACAGACAGGUGAAGCCCACGAAUUGGGCAAAUUUUCGCAGAGGGGAUUGAGAUUUUUGAGAGGGGGAGAGAGAGAGAGAGGCUCUUCAAUUAUAUAAAGCUCGCAACUAAGGCAGUUACUUCUAGAAAAGUGGCACGCAGCCCUAGGUCUUCUUUCAAUUUUCAGCCUCGCCACACGCCACACGCCACACGCCACACUCUCUGUUAACUUUCUCUUUCUCUCUCUAUCACUAACUCAGACCAGAACAGUCGUAAAGCCGUUGUUGCUAAGCUCACCUCCUCCAUUACUUGUUUGUUUUCAAGCUCUCUUUCUCUCUGUCUCUGAGCAGAGCAAUCAAAAUCCUUAUCCACUCUCUCUCUCUCUCUCUGCUCUGCUAUUUUCUAUGAAUGCGUGAUCGUCAUGUAUAUAACGGCAUAUUCAUCAGCUUCCUCUUCGCUCCUCAGGGCUUCUAGGGCUUCGAGGAUUUUCCAUUCGUCGCUAAAUCCUUCUUCGAGGGCUUUUGCGGCGUCCAAUCCGAAGCUCUCGCCGUCUUCCACUGCCUAUCGAUCCCUCAGCUUCUCCUCUGCGGUUCGCUCCGUGCGCUGUGCCGUACCCCGCUGGAGCCACGGCGUCGAUUGGCGCUCUCCUUAUAGUCUUCGCUCUCAGAUCAGGGCUGUUGCUCCUGUGAUCGAACAGUUCCAGCGCAAGAUCGCUACUAUGGCUCCUGAAAACCCUUUUAAGGGAAACCUGACAAGUCUUCCAAAGCCUGGAGGUGGCGAGUUUGGAAAGUUCUAUAGCCUUCCUUCGCUGAAUGAUCCUAGGAUUGAUAAGUUGCCCUACUCUAUCAGAAUCCUUCUUGAAUCUGCUCUUCGGAAUUGUGACAAUUUCCAAGUCAAGAAGGAAGAUGUUGACAAGAUCAUUGAUUGGGAAAAGACUUCACCAAAGCAAGUAGAAAUUCCUUUCAAGCCUGCUCGUGUCCUCUUGCAGGAUUUUACUGGAGUACCAGCUGUGGUUGACCUUGCUUGUAUGCGUGAUGCCAUGAACAGACUUGGCAGUGAUUCUAACAAGAUCAAUCCUUUGGUUCCUGUAGAUCUUGUCGUUGAUCAUUCAGUACAAGUUGAUGUUGCAGGAUCAGAAAACGCAGUUCAAGCCAACAUGGAACUUGAAUUCAAGAGAAACAAGGAGAGAUUUGCUUUCCUUAAGUGGGGGUCUACUGCCUUCCAUAAUAUGCUUGUUGUUCCUCCUGGUUCUGGUAUUGUACAUCAGGUUAACCUUGAAUAUCUUGGACGGGUUGUUUUCAACAAUGAUGGCAUACUCUACCCUGAUAGUGUGGUUGGAACUGAUUCCCAUACAACCAUGAUUGAUGGGUUGGGUGUUGCUGGCUGGGGAGUUGGAGGUAUUGAAGCAGAGGCAGCAAUGCUUGGUCAGCCAAUGAGCAUGGUGUUGCCUGGUGUUGUUGGGUUUAAGUUAUCUGGUAAAUUACGCGAUGGUGUUACUGCUACCGACUUGGUUUUGACUGUGACACAAAUGCUGAGGAAGCAUGGAGUUGUCGGGAAAUUUGUUGAAUUCUAUGGGGAUGGUAUGGCUGAACUUGCAUUAGCUGACAGGGCUACAAUUGCCAAUAUGUCUCCUGAAUAUGGUGCAACCAUGGGGUUCUUCCCUGUAGAUCAUGUUACUUUACAGUAUCUCAAAUUGACUGGUAGAAGUGAUGAGACUGUUGCCAUGGUUGAAGCUUAUCUACGGGCAAAUAAUUUGUUUGUUGACUAUAAUGAGCCUCAACAAGAAAGAGUGUACUCAUCUUACCUACAGUUGGAUCUUUCAGAGGUUGAACCAUCUCUUUCGGGACCAAAGAGACCUCAUGAUCGGGUGCCUUUGAAAGAGAUGAAAGCUGAUUGGCAUGCUUGUCUUGAUAACAAAGUUGGCUUUAAGGGUUUUGCCAUACCCAAAGAAGCACAAGGAAAAGUAGUAAAGUUUUCAUUCCAUGGACAGCCUGCAGAGCUUAAGCAUGGGAGUGUUGUGAUUGCUGCAAUUACCAGUUGCACCAAUACAUCAAAUCCAACUGUCAUGCUUGGAGCUGCUCUUGUUGCAAAAAAGGCUUGUGAGCAUGGUUUACAGGUCAAGCCAUGGGUAAAAACAAGUCUUGCCCCAGGUUCUGGAGUUGUCACAAAAUAUUUAAAGCAGAGUGGACUACAGAAGUAUUUAAAUCAACAGGGCUUCAAUAUUGUUGGAUAUGGAUGCACAACGUGUAUUGGAAAUUCUGGGGACUUAGAUGAAUCAGUUGCUUCUGCUAUCACAGAAAAUGACAUUGUAGCUGCUGCUGUGCUCUCUGGAAACAGAAACUUUGAGGGUCGUGUUCAUGCCUUGACAAGAGCUAAUUACCUUGCCUCACCUCCUUUAGUGGUUGCCUAUGCUCUUGCUGGCACGGUUGACAUUGACUUUGACAAAGAACCAAUUGGGAAAGGGAAGGAUGGUAAAGAUGUCUAUUUCAAGGAUAUCUGGGCAUCAACAGAUGAAAUUGCAGAGGCUGUUCAAUCCAAUGUGUUGUCAGAUAUGUUCAAAAGUACUUAUGAAUCUAUUACGAAAGGAAACCCUAUGUGGAAUCAGUUAUCAGUUCCAGCUUCCACCCUGUACUCUUGGGACUCAAGUUCAACCUACAUUCAUGAGCCUCCAUACUUCAAAAAUAUGACCAUGAAUCCCCCUGGUGCUCAUGGAGUAAAAGAUGCCUACUGCCUGCUAAAUUUUGGUGAUAGUAUUACAACAGAUCAUAUUUCUCCAGCAGGAAGCAUCCACAAGGAUAGCCCUGCUGCAAAAUACCUUCUUGAGCGCGGUGUGGAUCGCAAGGACUUCAAUUCUUAUGGAAGUCGCCGUGGCAAUGAUGAAGUGAUGGCACGAGGAACUUUUGCAAACAUUCGCAUUGUUAACAAGCUUUUGAAAGGGGAAGUCGGUCCAAAAACAAUUCAUGUUCCUACAGGGGAGAAACUUUAUGUGUUUGAUGCAGCUUCGCGGUACAAGGAAGCUGGGCAAGACACCAUUAUAUUGGCAGGAGCUGAGUAUGGUAGUGGGAGCUCCCGGGACUGGGCUGCAAAGGGUCCAAUGCUAUUGGGAGUUAAAGCAGUUAUUGCUAAAAGUUUUGAGAGAAUCCAUCGCAGUAAUUUGGUAGGAAUGGGUAUCAUUCCUCUUUGUUUUAAGGCUGGUGAGGAUGUAGACACACUAGGAUUGACUGGCCAUGAACGCUAUACCAUCGACCUUCCCAACAAUAUUAGUGAGAUAAGGCCUGGACAAGAUGUGACUGUCAAGACCGACGAUGGGAAAUCUUUCACCUGCACAGUGCGAUUUGAUACUGAGGUGGAAUUGGCUUACUUUGAUCAUGGAGGCAUACUUCCAUAUGUCAUAAGGAACCUGAUUAAGCAGUAACUGCAUUGCUUAGCGGAGGCUCUUACUCCAUCCAGUGAGCUUUUUCAGUUGUGAAAUGUGAGGAAGGAAAUAAAAUUUCUAAUAACAGGGAAAAUCCCAUUCAAGGGACAAUUUGUUUUUUUUAGCACUAAUAGGAUUUUCAGGGUUGUUGAAUCUAUCGAGAGGAAUAGUUUUUAUUCUUUUUCCUUUUUUUUUUUUCUUUUUUCUUUGGUCAAUGAUUGCUUGUUCUCAAACAAUUAAAUAUAUGCCUUGGCCCUUGGGUUUUCAAGGGCACCAUAAUUAUUGGCACUUUUUUACGCCUUAGAAAAAUGGUGUGAAUUUAAUGAAUAUUUAAUUUGUUCAUGGCA